AUGGCAAAUUCCUACGAUCCUGAAGUUAUUAUAAAAUAUCCCGAUGAAAUCGAGACAGAAAAUUAUGUCGUUGACUUCCUUAACUCGCAUUUUAGAGAGUUGGAGGAUCUAGAAAAAUUGAACUCUACCUUAGCUGAACUAAAAGAAAAUGAGCAUUCGCUGGACGAAAAG